GGUUUUGUUGGUACGAGCGUCUGUAAUGUGAUUGGUUGAUACCUACUCGAUCUUGCCGCCGUGGAAACUACCUUGCAGUUCAGAACCCCGCAAAGGCUUUGCACUUGGGCAAGAAUACCGGUACUUCUUCCCAUCUUUUUGUACUCGGAAUUCUUGAUCUGGUUAAAAUCAACGUUAUCGCAAAUGUUGUUACCCGAAAUCCUACGUAGCUCUCGCUAUCUACGGAAGCUAAGCCUUGCGUCUGCCUACACUCUGCCUACAUAACGCUUCUUAUUGUACAGAAGAUAGCCUCGGACACAACAUCUUUCGUUCAAAAUGUCAGCUAGUGAAAGUUACCGUGCUCAGCUAGCAAUUCAACAACGAGUACCUCUUCUUUCAGGAAUCUACAGUCCACCCCCAACCCACGAACACGGGCCUGACACCGCAAAACGCUACAAAGCUUUGGAAAAUGAGACAGAAUUCAUCAUAAGCCAAGCCAAGACACCUCAUAUUCUUUCAGACUCAGAUAGUCCACCUCAGCCUCCACAUCAGCCGCCACAGCAUCAUCGAUGGAACAGUUCAAGUCGCCUCGGCAUCUUCAAUAAAGUUUUCUCUACAAGUCCUCCUGCUUCCCCAAGAUUUGAAACUGCUUCUAUCACUGUCCUUUUAUUGCCUCAAGCGGGAACACGACCCAUCCUUCUCACACUUCGUACAAUAGAUAUCCGUCUCGAAGGACACAUAGAUAACCAUCUCUCGCAUGUCCCUGAUAUGCGUUCAUUUUGGGGCGAUGGAGAUGCCUGGCACGCUCGCAAACUGAGAUAUUCUUGCCUAAAUAGGAUCAAAGGUUCGCCAGAUCAUGUUUUGGUAGGCACAUACAUGUUACUAUAUACGCCAGAAGGAAACGGAUUACCUUUAAACCAAAGAUGGAGCGCAGGAGUUAGUGGAGAUGCGUGUAUUGCGAAGAUGUGUAAGAAUAUAUGGGGUAGAGGAGGGGUGGCUGCGUAUGAGGAUAUUGAUAGGGAGUUUAUGGAUAGUGGAUUGUACAGAAAGUUAUUGAUGGGGUUGUUUGAUAGCCCUUUGAACGACCCGAAGGAGGGUGCCACGGGAGAGAGUGAGGAUGUUACUGAUAAGGAGACUUUGUGAGGUGCUGGCACUCCAGUGUUCUUCUUUUGUCGUUCCAUUAUCGUUCAUUGGGUAUAUAAUUGCUGGAUAUUUCCACACUGCUACUGGAGUAGUUUUGGAGUUAAUGGAGUUCCAUCCAUUUGCAGGGUAUAUUGGAUUUUCUGAGCUUUGAUAGUAAAACGCGUUUUAAGAAUCAAGAAAUAAGGCAAUCA